GAGAGGGAGAGAGACAGCGCUCCGCAGUGAAACAGUCGGAGUAUCCCUCCAGUCUGUAAACAGAGUCCCAGCAGGCUGGAGGAAAUAAGCCCCACUUGAGUCUCACUCUCUUUCAUCUCUUUCGCUUUGGCAAAAAAACAAACAACCCAUAAAAGCUGCAUCAAAUCUUUCACUUAAAAUCUCAAUCUCUCUCUUCCUCGCUCUUUCUGCCUCUUUGCGCGUCUUGUUUUUGCGCCGUAAAAGCGACCGGGGGCGCAAAGCCUGGCGGCAGCAGCAGCGGCAUGGAGCGGCCAGCCCGUCCGGAGAGCCCCGCUUGGAGCCCCUGCAGGAGGCAGCAGCAGCAGCGGCUCUCCGAGCCCUGCGGCUCCGCUGCGGCGGUGCAGCGACCCGGGACCACCGGGACCACCGGGGACGGCGGCGCGGGGUCGAGCCCCUCGCUCCACAAGCCCGCCCGUUGCAAGCGGCCCCUGGAGGGGAUCCUGAGGAAGUACACGAACCCGCUGCAGGGCUGGCAGAGCAGAUAUUUCGUACUGGACUCAGAGGAUGGCCAGCUCCAAUAUCACCUGAAUGAACUCAGUAAAGGCCAGCGACCUCCCAGAGGGUCUGUGCCUCUUCUUGGAGCAAUGGUGGUCUCCUGCGACGAGUAUCCCUACAUGUUCACGAUUCGAUCCACUUCUGGGGACGCCUACAAACUGAGAGCGAUAGACGCCCAGGAGCAGGAGCUGUGGAUGACUCAGCUUCAGCUGUGCACCCGACGCCGCUCUGAAAGCAGCGCCAAGGUGAUGAUCCAGGCUGAAGAUCAGCAGAAGAGCCUGAUCAACUCAGUCGAGUCCCUUCCCCCUCGAGUUGGACCCCUAUCCUCUCUGGAUGAGGACCUACUCAUUUUUAAGGCCACAUCUGCAGCAACUCUGAGCUGCCUGGGGGAGUGCCUCAGCAUGCUUCAGCACAAUGUUGUCCAGGCCCUCAACCAGAACCAGAACCAGAACCACGCCCCUAGUCCGAGCCUCAGCGCCGGUUCAGCUGCUGUGAGCGAGGCGUGCAGUCAGCGCUGCAGCUCCGGCGUGAACCAAGUGGAACCCGGCGGCCUCCGGUCCGCCAGUCAAGGCUCCAGUCCCAGAGACAGCAGCCACAGUGGGACGCGACCAGGCGUCCACAACCACGUCCAAAGCCAGAGUCAGGCCCGUGAACAUGCAGAUGGCACCGCUGGAUGGUCCAGAUCUCUUUCUGUGAAGCAGGUGAAUAAUGGCGUACGAACGCCUCUCCCCUCCUCUACGCGGCCUUCUUCCUCACCAACACACAAGGACCCUUCUGAGGGGCAGCAGCAGGCCCAAACCAGCAGCCCAGAAGCCCUGGACCCCUGCGACGAGGUCACAGACACAGAUGACAACGAGGAGGAAGACCUGGGAGUUCUGGAUGACCAGAGGAGCAUCAUGCUUCACCUCCUGUCCCAGCUGAAACUUGGCAUGGACCUCACUCGGGUGGUGCUCCCUACUUUCAUCCUGGAGAAGCGCUCCCUGUUGGAGAUGUACGCCAACUUCAUGGCCCACCCAGACAUGUUCCUUUCCAUCACCUCCGGCUGCACGCCAGAGGAGCGCAUAGUCCGCUUUGUGGAGUACUACCUGACCGCCUUCCACGAGGGCCGGAAGGGCGCCGUGGCCAAGAAGCCCUACAACCCCAUCCUGGGUGAGAACUUCCACUGUUCCUGGUACGUGCCUCGGGACCGCGUUCGACCUCUCAGGACCGCCAACUUCACCGCGCCCAACUCGGCGCCCACAGCCACCUGCACCAUUCCCGGGUCCCCGCAGAGGGGGGCCGACGGCAGCCGCAGGGCAAACGCAGAUUGCUACUGUGUUCGUUUCGUGGCGGAGCAGGUGUCCCACCACCCACCUGUGUCGGGCUUCUACUGCGAGUGCAAGGAGAAGAGGAUGUGUGUCAACACUCAUGUGUGGACCAAGAGCAAGUUCCUGGGCAUGUCUGUCGGAGUGUCGAUGGUGGGGGAAGGUGUGCUGUAUCUGCUGGAGCACGAUGAGGAGUACGUGUUCACUCUGCCCUGUGCCUACGCCCGCUCCAUCCUGACGGUGCCGUGGGUGGAACUCGGGGGAAAGGUCACUAUCAACUGUGCCAAAAGCGGGUACUCUGCCACCGUCACUUUCCACACCAAACCGUUCUACGGAGGAAAAGUCCACAGAGUGACAGCAGAGGUGAAGCACAACCAGACAGGAAACGUCGUGUGCAAGGCGCAGGGGGAGUGGAACGGCGUGCUGGAGUUCACCUACAGCAACGGGGAAACCAAGGCCAUCGAUACCUCCAAGCAGCCGAUCAUCAAGAAGAAGAUCCUCCCUCCGGAGAAGCAGGGCCCGUACGAGUCACGGCGUCUCUGGCAGCACGUCACAGCGUCCCUGAAGUCGGGGAAUAUGGACGCAGCCACAGAACACAAACACCGCCUGGAAGAGAGGCAGCGCAAGGAGGGCAAACAGAGAGCUGCCACCAAAACCCCCUGGAAACCCAAAUAUUUCAUUAAAGAGGGCGAAGGCUGGGUGUACCACAACCCUCUGUGGAAAGCUCACUGACCAGAGGCCUCGGGAGCAGCUGUCCAAUCCCAGACCACAGGAGCGGAGCGAUGGAGGCCGAGCGCUGGCCGACAAAAGUCUCGAGGAGGGAGAGAGAACAGAACAAGUGGUACCAAAGACAGGGGGGGGGGGGGGACACUCUUCCAGUCCUGUCCGAUCGGAGACAUGUUGGCUCAACGGUGAGGUGAGACCGGUCCUACGCGGGUACUACAGCCACUUCUGAGAUUACAGUAUUACAGACGGGACGGACUCAACGAGUCAUUUCUUUCUAAAACUCAGUUUUUAGUCGUUUGCACAAAGUACUAAUCAACGUUGUCGGUCACAACAGUUUUGCACAAUUCACUGUACAAUAUAGCCAGUGUGUGUGUUUUCAUGUUCAUGUUUGUAACGGAUGGAUGAAAUAUUGACCCUCUUUGUACGAAGCAGCAGGACCGAAUGUUGUCAGACUAGUUCUUUUUUUUUAGUUGUAGCUGCAGCGCACUGAUCUUCUCUGUACUGGAACUCAUUUCAACUUUAAAAGACCGAGCUUUUUUAGGGAGGAUUGUUUCACUAAGGAAAGCCUCAAUCCUAUAGAAUAUUUCACUGUCAUAACAUCUAAUGAAAACGCUCCAGUCAACCGUCCCCAUGGGCUGCAGAAGAAGAGCUCCAUUACAUACGAGCUGGAUGUCCCACUGGAACAUUUACUAUGCUGCAGUUUGGACAAUGUUUUAGCUUUAGUGGGUCACUUCACCUGGUUUAGUGUAAAAAAAAGAAAGAAGAGGAAAGUUGUUCAUAUCCGUCUAGUGGCGUCUCUCCAUUCAGGAACCUGUGGUUUCAAUGGUCCAUGUCAGAUGACACGCUAAUAGCAUUUUACAUGUUAUUCAUUUCAUGUAUUUAUUGGAUGUGGGAGAUCAUAAUCAAGAUAUAUGACAAGCUUGCUCGUGUAAUGAGCCAAUGCAGUUUUAAAGCCAAAUGAAACAAUAAAGUGUAGUCGUACAAAGUUAUCUUUUCUGCGUUAGCUGUGAGUUGAGCUGUGACGUUUCCCUGCUCAGUCUGCUGGCUUAGAGGUCUGUGCUGUAGAUGGAGGACUACAGGGUUGGUUAAAGUUGCUACAAGGAUUUUUUUUUACCCGGUUAUGAAACAGUCUCAGUGUGAAGCUGAUUAUAAGCAAACAAGAGCAGAAACUCUUCCAGCUCCGUAUCCAGCGGGAGGUGGAGAGCUCGGACCAGGACCACCGCUGCACCCUCUAGGUGGGGGUCGGCCACAGUGCAGGUGGCGCUCGGGAGGAACUUGCUCGUUGGUGCAGGACGACCGAUUCAUCGAGUUCCGUGGGAAGAAGAGAACCAGAACCGGAAACCGACUGUCUGCAGUAAAAUGAAUAGUUUUCCAAAAGGACUCUGGUAGCUGCUGCUUGGAACCACAUACAGCUGUGGUACUCACUGAAACACCUGGUCCACCUGGUCCGCAAGAACCAAACCUAUCGAAGGCUCCUUGUAGUAACUUUAAGUAGUAAACUCCAUCACCUCAAAGAUCAUCCAAUAAUAUAUCUGCUUUCAUAUAACAGCUUUUCCCACAUACUGUUCUUCAAACAGCUGUAUUUGUAUUUGUAACUAAUAGGUGCCAUCGUGCACUCUGUAGACACAUCUGUAGACACAUCUGUAGCGAGGAUCAGGAUCGGAAUGGGAGCACCAAGACCACGAUGGAUUAUUACAGUACUUUGAGGUCCAGUCUCGUGUGUCCCAGGAUGCCAGGUAGUUGACUCAAUGCUAAAACAAGCAGUGCUACUGUAUGUGUGAUCAUCUGCAGCAUCUCAGCUCCAAACUAUUCCUCCCUAUUUUUAGUCUUUGAUAGAAGCAGCGUUAAAUAUUCCAUUGGAGUAUAAAGACAUAGUGGGAAUAUUCCCGGGGGGGAAAUAGCGCUGUGACAUCGACAAAUAGACACCUCGUCCUCCAUCUGACAGUGGAAACAAACAAACCUAUGCAACACGUCACUGUAGACAGCAGACUCAACAAUCGCUGUAUUUGUUUUUAAAUAAAGGUCUCUGAUCACA